AUCUGACGUGGGAAUCAUCAUUUGACGUGACACAGCAUAUAUUAAAUUUUCUCCCCACACGCGUAGGAGUACUCCUCCAGAAGGACAGCACCCCCAGUCCAGUAUAUCGACUGGUUCCAGCCGUGCGUAAAAUUUGGCUAAAAUGGUGACGCGCGCCACGUGGAUGACAGUGACCCUCGUGGCGUGGGGUCACUCUAUGCUGGCCACCGAGGUCGCUUUCACCAACUUCUCCGUGGACAACGAGGUGCGCUCCAGUUUCAUCCAGCGGCGCCUGCGGAUCCAGGAGCGCAGGGAGAUCCAGCGGGAGAUCCUCUCCAUCCUGGGGCUGCCGCGGCGUCCGCGUCCGCACGUCCACACCAAACAUAACGCCGCCCCGAUGUUCAUGUUGGAUCUCUACAAUACGGUAUCAACAGAGCCAGAACCGAACGGAUAUUCGUACUACAGGCCGAGUCUUAAGACCCGCGCGUCCCCAAUGGUGACCUCACAGGACAGCCGCUUCCUCAGUGACGCAGACAUGGUGAUGAGUUUUGUCAAUCUCGUUGAUCAAGAUCGGGAUCAUCUGUAUCAACAGCAUCGAAGGGAAUUCCGAUUUGACCUGUCCCGUAUUCCAGAGGGAGAGGCUGUCACAGCAGCAGAAUUCAGGAUUUACAAGGAUUACACACAAGAACGAUAUGAGAACGAGUCAUUCCGCGUCAGUGUUUACCAGGUGCUAAAUGAGCCUCUACACAGUGAAGUGGAGUUGUUGCUGCUGGACCAGCGAGAUGUUUGGGCUGCAGAGGAAGGUUGGCUGAUCUUUGAUCUGACUCCCACCAGGAACCUUUGGCUGGUCAAUCCAGAGCAGAACUUGGGACUGCACCUGGUUCUGGAGGACAUCCAUGGUCAUAGGAAGAACCUCCGACGGGCCGGUCUGGUGGCAAGUAGCGGUUCCCAAGACAAGCAGCCCUUCCUGGUUGCUUACUUCAAAGCCAAUGAGGUUCACUUCCGCAGCGUCCGCUCCGCUCACGGCAGCAAAGGGCGCAACUCUAAUCGCUCCAAAUCUCAGAAGACUGUCCAAGAUGCACUAAAGGCAGUGGAGGCUGCAACAGAUCUUCCUGGACUCUCUAAGGAAGGAUGUAAAAAACAUGAGCUAUAUGUCAGUUUCAGAGAUUUGGGAUGGCAGGACUGGAUCAUAGCACCAGAGGGCUAUGCGGCGUACUACUGUGAUGGGGAGUGUGCCUUCCCGCUAAACUCAUACAUGAACGCCACCAACCAUGCUAUUGUGCAAACGCUGGUGCACUUUAUCAACCCAGAGACUGUGCCUAAGCCCUGCUGUGCACCUACGCAGCUCCACGGCAUCUCUGUGCUCUACUUUGACGACAGCUCUAAUGUCAUUCUCAAGAAGUACCGCAACAUGGUGGUCAGAGCCUGUGGGUGUCACUGACCCCCCCACCAAGACUCUUUAAAUCUAGGACAUCACAUCAGCGUGGUGUGAGAAAGACACAAAUAGCAAGUGCAAUUUCUAUUUUUGCAACAGAUGUGCAACGUUUCAGUUUACUCGUGUGCAUCAGGCACAAGAAUAUAAAAUUUUGCCGGGGUAGAAUUGUGCAUUUGUUCACAUUUCGUCGCGCCAGCAUCGGGUCUGUUGGAAAAACCUCUGGCAGCUGGUUUGUGUGGUGCUCCUGUCUGACAGCUUCAGAGUGUGUGGGAUUGGGUGCCACUGAGUGUCAAGACAUAUU